UUGUCUUUGCCCCUCACCAUGGAUCAGCAUGUCGAAGCUCCAGUUUUUGUUCCUUCCAACAUCAAAAAUCAAGAUUCUACAACAUCGUCCGAUGACUCGGCCUCGACCAACUACCCGAACCUGUCAUGUCUCAGAGGAUCAGGAAUGCUUGAUACUCCGGCAGUACUAUCACCACUCCGGCCCGCCCUGAGACUCGGAUGCCCGACGCCAAGACCCAGCGUCAACACGACCACCAAUCCGAAUUCAAGGUGGUCGGCCGUAGCAUCACCGCUUUCUUUCGAACAUUUAUACACGGAAAAUGCGUAUCUGACGGCUUCAUUGAGCAAACAGGGCGAACGCGAGAACGACCUCAUGCGAAGGCUGUCGACCCUUCAGGAGAAUGUUGACAGCGGGUUGCCGCCUGAAGAGCGCCGCAAGGCGAGAAAGAAGAUAGCUCUGCUCAAGAGCAAGAUCCUCGAUGCCACAGCACAAAAGAAGGCCAUUCUCCUGCGGCUAGGCGAUAUCUACGUGGAGCUUCAAAGCCGCGAGAUCUGGAUGCAGAUACAAAACGAACUCUACGAGCGAAGAUCUGCAUGGUGGUCCGUCGAUUCACCCAGUACUUCCGCUUAUGCUACAACACCAUCUGAUGUGACAUCGAUGAUGCCGACGCCGCUGGACGUGGCCUCUCCGGUCUUCUUUCCUGCGGGAUGCCAUCCCGUCUACAACACGUGGGACGUGGCGGCGCCUCGCUUUGAAGAGCAUUGGUAUGAGGUGUAUGAUACAAUACCAGCUGAAUCAUGGGCUCAUCUCGGUCAACCUCCUGAGGUUCUUGCGAAAGACUUGGGGAAUCAUGGUUUACAAUUUGUUUAUUGGUUGAGGGCGGGGGACUUGCGACAGGAUGUUAUUGAAGGCCAAGACCAGGAAUCAAGCCAGGAGAUUGAACUUCCGACGUCGGGCAGAAGAAGUAGUCUACCCUCGUUGAAAAGCCUCUGGUCAGGGGCUGAGGGGCUACGUAGACCAGGCGAAAAGGCAAACGAGCCAGUAUCGCACAUCUACCAGAACUGA